GCGGCGUGACGCCGAGGUGAGGGCUGCUUGGAGCAGAGGGGUGCCAGCCAAGAUGCAGCUCCUCGUCAGAUGGAACGGGAGGAUUUGCCUGGCUGUGUGUUUAAUCCUCUUUGUGGGAUGCACAGCGCAAGGUGCUCCGGCGCAGAGGGCGAGGUACAAGCGGGUGAGGUGCCGGCCCUACCCCUGGUCUGCCAACUGCAUCGAGGAGCAGGGGCCCUGGUUCCACAUGCCCUCUGGUGGGGCCAACAGGAUCCUUCCUCCCGGGGCUGACCCCUUCCUGAUGAAGAGGCACCAGGAGCUGGGUGACAUAUUCCCUCUCUCCAGUGAGGACGCCGGCUCUGGCUCCAGCACCGUGGCGGAGGCAGAGCCAGCCUCUGGCUCGGGGCUGGGUGACAGUGACAGCUUCCCUGCCCUCCUGGAGAGCCUGCGGGGCAGCGAGCUGCAGGAGAAGCUGUCGGAGGAGGAUUUGCUCCUGUAGGGCCGGGGAUGCCCCUCAUGCGCCGCUGCCUCGCCCCUUCCCCGCAGCCUGACCCGACAGCCACGACGCGGUUUUGAACCAGCACCAAUAAAAACUCUGCCUUAAGAUCUUUACUGCUUUCGCUUACUAAAA